AGUACAGAGGAAGACUUACUUUGCUAUUUCAUUUACCUCUUGAUAUGCUAUUCCUCUUUUAAAGGUGAACCAGAAGUCGAUGCCAAACAAAAUGGGAAUAGGGAAAGGGAUAUUGAAGAGCGCGUUGGUGAUUGCGCAAAGUAUAAAGCACCACGAGUUCCCUUUGGCAAAGUCUGCGAAACCCUCGCAUCUACCGUCCACUCAGACAGCUCUGUUCUCCUCCUCUACCUUCUACUUCAUCGUAAUGACCUCUUCCGUGCCUUUGUCAUGGAAACACAUCUAUAUGAGAAGUUUGCCUUUCAUAUAUGUCUGCUAAUGUACCGAUCUCCAGCGGAAAACUCCCAUCUUAUUUAUAUGGCUCUUAUUGUUCUGCUUAUUCUCACGGAAAAUGAGAACUUUGCUAAGGACAUUCAUGAAAUGCCGGUGAAAAAACUACCGCCAAGUGUUGAUAGGCAAUUGACAGGUGUGACACUAGGCGGUCUUCUAGUCCUGGUUCUCACGCGAACAAUCCAGCACCAUUUGAAUCAACUCAGAGACAAGUAUCUACAUAUUAACAGCCUUGCAGCCCUGGCCAAUCUUUCACCUAAAAUCACCAAUCUCAGUCCCUAUAUAAGCCAGGCUCUAGUUGGCCUUCUACAGAAAUUGGUUAAGCGACAUAAGCGUCUGGUGAAUGAGAUUCGAACUCUGAAUGAUCAGCUGAAGGAGCAGGAAAAGGCAAAUGGACUCCCAUCAUCUUCUUCCCCUGAGGUUCGAUUGAAUAUGGUGUCCUCUUCAGAUGCUCUGUUACAGGACCUGUCCUUGCUGGAGGAGGUUAUCCGAAUGACACUUGAGAUUUUCAAUUCCAUUCUGACUCACUCUCUCGCUCAGAAUACUCACCUUGUCUACAAUCUUCUCUAUCAACGCGAAUAUCUCACACCCAUCCAUACGCAUCCUUCAUUCAGCGAUUUAAUGCAGAACAUAGACACGGUUUUGGGCUUCUUCGCUUCACGAAUCGAAAAAGAGCUUGGUCCCCAGCCCACCGAAACGUCAACAGUGAUGACUGUGAUUACCAAAUCAAUGCCCGAUUUUCCACGAGCUCACACUUUGAAAGAAUUCCAGGAGCUUAAAUUCAAAUACGUGGAGGAAGACUCUCCAGAUGAAUUUUUUAUACCUUAUGUCUGGUCCUUGGUCUACCCACAUGCUGGCCUAGCGUUUGAGGCCAAAUCACUCAUUUCAUUUGGGUGCUAUGAAUACUGUGGAAGUGAAGAGGAGGAGGCAGGCACUAGUGCCUCCUUAUACACUGGCUCCGCUGCCACCAGUGUAAUGUUGGGAAAUGAACUGACUAAUCUCAAUAUCAAUGCACCAUCAUCAGUACAAUAG